CAUGUUUAGGAUUUAGGAGUGAACUUGUUCCGUAUAUAAAGAAUUAUUUGAGUGAUCCACUCUUCUAACAGCAGGUGCACAAUGGUCUCAUUAAAGCGAGAAAACAUUGAGCUUGAGGACGACGACGACGACGAGGAAGAAGGGGUGGUUGCCAAGGUGGGACGAGGACGGGCCGCGGAGGACCUGAGGAGCCGCCACUGCCCUUACCUGGACACAAUCAACAGGAGCGUUCUGGACUUCGAUUUUGAGAAGUUAUGUUCGAUAUCGCUCUCCCACAUUAACGUGUAUGCCUGUCUCAUAUGUGGAAAGUACUUUCAAGGCAGAGGUCUCAAGUCCCAUGCUUACACCCACAGUGUCCAGUUCACCCACCAUGUGUUCCUCAACCUGCAUACCCUGAAGUUCUACUGCCUACCAGACAACUACGAGAUCAUUGACUCUUCCCUGGAGGACGUUACAUAUGUGUUGAAGCCCACCUUCACCAGGCCUCACAUCUCGGGGCUGGAUAAGCAGGGCAAGCUGUACCGGGCGUAUGACGGAACCACCUACCUCCCUGGCAUCGUGGGGCUCAACAACAUCAAAGCCAACGAUUACGCCAACGUGGUGUUGCAGGCACUGUCCAACGUUCCCCCUCUGCGGAACUACUUCCUGGAGGAGGAGAACUACCGGGGCAUCCGACGGCCCCCCGGGGACAUCAUGUUCCUCCUGGUGCAGCGCUUCGGCGAGCUGAUGAGGAAGCUGUGGAACCCCCGGAACUUCAAGGCCCAUGUGUCGCCUCACGAGAUGCUGCAGGCCGUGGUGUUGUGCAGCAAGAAGACCUUCCAGAUCACCAAGCAAGGCGAUUCGGUGGACUUCCUGUCCUGGUUCCUGAACGCCCUCCAUAACGCUCUCGGAGGCACAAAGAAGAAACCAUCAAGCAUCACAAAUGUGUUUCAAGGCUCCAUGCGGAUCUUCUCCAAAAAGCUUCCACAUCCAGAUUUAACACCAGAGGAAAAGGAGGAAUUGCUGCUGACAGAAGAGUACCAGGAGAAGAUAUCGGAGUCCACCUUCCUGUAUUUGACCCUUGACCUCCCAACGGCACCGCUGUACAAGGAUGAGAAGGAGCAGCUGAUCAUUCCUCAGGUGCCCCUCUUCAACAUCCUGGGCAAGUUCAACGGCAGCACAGAGAAGGAGUACAAAACAUACAAAGAGAAUUUCCUCAAGAAAUUCCAGCUGACCAAACUGCCCCCCUACCUGAUAUUCUGCAUCAAGCGCUUCACCAAGAACAACUUCUUUGUGGAGAAAAACCCCACCAUUGUCAACUUCCCCAUCACUAACGUGGACCUCCGAGAGUACCUGACGGAGGAAAGCCAGGUCACAGAAAAGCACACGACCUACGACCUUGUAGCCAACGUGGUGCAUGAUGGGAAGCCCACCGAGGGAGCCUACAGAACACACGUACUGCACCACGGCACGGGGAAGUGGUACGAGAUGCAGGACCUGCAAGUGACGGACAUCCUGCCCCAGAUGAUCACCCUGUCUGAGGCCUACAUCCAGAUCUGGAAACGCAGGGAGGAUGAUGACACACCGAUCCACACCGGAGCGUAGUGUCCUGGUGGCCCCAGUGACGAGCCCAGUAAGACCCUCUUGUCCCUCUGAACCCUAAAGAGCUCUGCAGAGUAAGACAAGUCUGAGGUCUGACUCUCGUUCCAGACAUCAAGGACUGAGGAAAAAUAUUUUCUUUUAUUACAACUUUUUUAAGUGUUUAUUUGUGAACUCUCUUUUGAAAUAAACAUGUAUUUCAAAUUUC